GCUGUCACAAUCAAUCAAAGCAGUAUGUCAAUUGCUCACACUCCAUGAUACAAACUCCCGGCUCACGCUAGAUACAACAGCAUGGCAAUUUAUCCAUUCCAUCCCAUCGGCCGGGAAGAUUUUGCUUAUUUCACUGUUUUCCCAAGUUUGUGGCGCUCCUUGCCUAGUUUUUGGGUUUCUCGGCUAUAUAGGUUUGGUCGAUUUUACGGCCCUGAUUCCUGGUUCUAGUCCAAACGAAGUGGGAAGCAGGGACCCAGUAUCUGGAUAUCGAUAGAAUCUGUAGUACAGAGGUCUUAGGCCACUUAUUCUAGUAAAGCAAUCUCUCUCUGAACAUCUUCAUGAAGCUGUAACUAUAUUUAAAUACCUAUAUCAGUCCCAGCAAUUAGCUCUUCUUCGCGCAUAUGGGAUUGAGUCGAAGUGCCCGGUAUUUCACCACCCGCAGCCAUCUCAGCAACCCUGCUUACCCGGGUGCACUACGAAAAGCGGUAUCUUAUCUUGUCGACUUGUCUGCAAAAGGCUAUCCCGUGUUGGGGAAGAUGUCGUCUUUGUCCCAAGAGGAUUGGUUACAAGGGCAGGUGCGUGGUCAUGCCCAAGGCAAUAGUCCCCAAGGAGUCAAUUCUCAAGGAGGUAGCUCCCAAGACGAUGAUGCCCUAGGUGGUGUUUUUCGUGAUCUGGGGGCUGAGGAGGAUGCCCUACUGGCAGAUCCGCCGGCAUGGCUUAAACCAAUUCAUCUGAGAUGGCGACACCAUUAUUUACGGAUACACAUACGUAGUGGUAUCGAUAGCAAUGAUCCACCAGAGGAUUUUGCUGAUUAUGGAGAUUAUGAACAUGCGAAACUUGCGAUUCACACCCUAUUAGCUAAUCCACCACCGUGGCUCAAAAAGAUCUAUAGAUGGAGCCGUCAGCAGUAUCUAGAGAUACGUAACGAGAGUGCUCUAGACACGCUUCGGCUUCACGAAAUCGUUAACAAUCCACCACCAUGGCUCCAAAGGAUCCCAAAGGAACACAGAUUUGAAUAUUUAUGGAUACACAGAGAAUCUUCUAUCAUUGCUGAGGAUAAUGACCUCUCAUUGGAACCUGCUCUAGAUAACUUAAACGACGAUUCGAUUGAUGCACUUCUAGCUAAUCGCGAUCAGAUGCCAAUGUAUCUUCAAGCCAUUAAACCAUCUUGCCAACGUAACUAUUUAUUGAUACACCAAGCGAGACGUGCCGCAGACCUUCAGAGUGCCUCAUCACGACCUGCGGUUCCUCAAGCACCUUCACUUGUUUCAGCACGAUCGGGCGUAAUAACACUAACGCCUUCACGUUCCCAGGGCGGCGAUUCCCCGGCUGGUGGUUCCCAAAGCGGUGACUGGCAAUCGCGAUUGCUUGAGAGCUGGAGGAGCCUAGGUGGUGGUAUCUCUCACCAAGCCCAUCACAGCAAUUUGUAGCACCAGCGCAGCUUCAAAUAGACCGGCAAGCAUAAUUCGCAAUUAUCAUGACAAUUUCCUCCAUCUGGCUGGGCGUGAGCACCUAGGGCCUAAUAAUAAAAUAGGGAAUCCAGUUAAUAAGAACCCCAAACAGUAGCAGCAUGUAGUGGGUUUGCUUGAAAUUGGGGAAAUGCUUGUUGUCUUCAUGAAUCUACUCGAGUUUUUGAUUCUCUAUGGAAAUUCUUGC